UCUGAUUGGUUGGCUAUGAUUUCCUCCUCCCCCUGUCUUUGCAUCUGUGUCCCUCUCCUCCCUUCCUUCUUCACUCUGUCAGUUCUUGUUCACCCAAUCUCUAUUCCAUACCACUCACCUCCCUUCCUCUCUCUCUUCCUUCCUCCUUCUGUCUCUCUAUCUCUCCCCUCUGUUCCACUCUGCUCUUGCCAGGAAGAUGAUGGUGAUGAUGAUGAUGUGACACUGUGGCCAGCCAAUGACUGUGCAAGGAGUGAGUGGAGGGGGUGUGUCCAGAGGCAGAGCUUGGAGCUGAUUGAUGCUGAGAAGACCGAGGAGGAAGAAGGGGCAGAAAGGGAGGCAGAGGAGGGUGGUGGAGGCCUUGUCCGAGCUGAGAAGCUGCUGCGCUGGCUUAAUAAAGGAGGAGAAAAGGUGGAGGAGGAAGAGGAGGAGGGAGGGAGGAAGCUGUCCCCUGUCAGAGGGGGAUCAACCUGUGCUGUCAUGGAUAAAUAUCGACCAAAGAGACCAACCACCCUGGCUCUGUUUCCACAGCUGCCACAAGCCGGCACCCAGGACUCUAUCAACAACAACUCUUUAGGCAAGAAGGACAGCUGGAAGGACUCCCACUCUUCCUCCCCACACAUUACGGGAGAUAUAGCCCCACCAGCUAUUCAACCAAAAGCAGAGGACAAAGUUCGGCACGUCACGCGCCGCCCGGCCCCUAAACCACCUGCUGCCCAUGGGACCAACAGCAGAGCCAACACUCAGGGCGUUGCCACCAGUGCAGACAUUCGCGCUCGACCACGGGAAAGACAGGUGUCUGGAGCCUCACAUGCACAGUCCUCCAGCACACAGAGGAGUCAAAGGAGAGGAAUAGGAGGGGGAGGAAGAGGGGGAGGAAGAGGAGUGACAGCGAUGAGAGAGAGGAGCCUGGGGGACAUCAGAGGAAGGGAUGGCGUUAUAGCAGGGAAGGAAGACAAAAAAGGAGGAAGACUCUGUGAGGAGUCCAAAGGGAAGGAGAAAGAGAGGAAUGGACAUCAGAGGCCAAAAGAAGCAAAUGGACUGAAAAGCCGAGGGGCUGAUGGGAAAGGAAAAGUAGGUGCUAAAGGGGGUCACAGAGGAGGGGGAUUUAAGCCAAAUAACAUGCCAUCUAACCAGGAAGUUUAUCUGACAGCCAUGGUGGUCCCACGUACACCUGUAGCACCACGAAACCAAGACAAGACCCAACACCAAGGCCAAAACCAUGACAGGACCCAGGACAAUCCCCCCGUUCUCUCCAGGUCCAGCAGUGAGGGAGGGUCAAACAGAAUGUCCCUCAGUUCAGACACAGAGGGCCCCCCACCAGGGCCCCUGCAUCCCUCUCUACCCCACCGCAUCAACCCUGACAUCAGCGAAGAAGAUGGGGAGGGAGAUCCGACUCCUUGCAUGAACGUCGAGAAUGGUCCGACUCACUGCCUUGCAGAUAAUGAAAAAACGGAGCUGGACUAUACCAAGUCAGAGCUGGACAUAGGAGGAGGAAAAGGUGACAAUAACAUUAAGGUGGAUGACACCAACUCUGUCACUCAGGGAGACUGUGCAGAUGCUCAGACUGUACCAAAGAGUGAAGCCACAGCAGGGUUAAAUUAUGACUCUGUUAAAUACACUCUGGUGGUCGAUGAACAUGCUCAGUUGGAGCUGGUCAGCCUCAAGCACUGCUUGCAUGGUUACAACGAGCACAAUGAUGACAGCGACGCAGAGACGAUUUAUCAGUCAGCCAAUGAGGAGGAAGACCCAGAGUAUGAGGAGGAGAGGAAGAGGAGGGAAGCAGCAAAGAAGCAAGAGAGGAGGAAAGAGGAGGAAAAGAGAAGAAAGGAAGAGGAAGAGACAAAGAGGAGAAGGGAAGAGGAUUUGAAAAGAAGAAGGGAGGAGGAGGUGAAGAGAAGGAGGGAAGUUGUGGCAAGGAUCUGUAAGCAGUCCAAGGUAACAUCAACCACAACUUCAGAGGAAGAUGAGUCUAAUGGAGGAACAGCUGGCGCUUCCAAAAGCAGGAAGUUCCUCAACCUGUUUGGCAAGAACAGCAACCAUUACAGUGCCACUGGUGCUGGGUUAUUUGGUCUGUUCUCCUGUGUUUUGGAUGGAGUGGAGAGACAGCAGAGCCACAGAGCUGUGUACAGAUUUGUCCCACGUCAUGCAGAUGAGCUGUGCCUAGAAACAGAUGAUCCAGUGUUAAUGCUGGACCAGUCUGAGGACCUGUGGUGUCAGGGAUACAACAUGAGGACUGGAGCUACCGGCAUAUUUCCUGCCUUCUACGUUGUCAAGAUUGCUAAAGAUAUUAGCCAAGUCCAGAAAGAUGAUUGGAUAGAACAGUUCCUUGUCCGAUUUCUGGGGUCAGUUCAGGUCCCCAUCCACAAAGGCAACGAUGUGCUGUGUGCAGCAAUGCAAAAGGUGGCAUGUUCCAGAAGGUUAGCCGGUCAGCCUCCCUCAGCCUGUGUGCUGGAGGUCAGUGUGAAGGGUGUGAAGAUCAGUGUUCAGGACCAGUGUCACUCUGCUCACAGGGGGGAUCAGUGUUUUCAUUUCUUCCAGCUGAAGAACAUCUCAUUCUGUGGCUGUCAUCCAAAACACAGCAAGUAUUUCGGUUUCAUCACUAAACAUCCUGACCAACAACGCUUUGCCUGUCAUGUGAUGAUGUCAGAGACAACAUUACACCCCCUGGCUGAAUCUGUAGGGAGAGCAUUCCAGCAGUAUUACAAGGAACACAUUGGCUACUCCUGUCCCACUGAGGACAUCUUCAUAGAGUAGAGCUCUCUACUCUCUCCAUCCACACUAUGUAGUGAAGAUUCACUAUGUGCUUGUAAGAUUGGCCUUACACUACAACCUGGACCACAGAUAUAUCUUCAUCAAAGUACUUGCAUGGUGGAUUUCUUUUCUUAGCUGCAUUCAGCCUUCUGUUGGCCAUGUCACAAUAUAAAUACCUCUGGAUGGACAGGAUCACAUGAGAUGCUCCAUAUAAGUGAGAAUAAAUGUAAUAUAAACCUACCCAAGCUCAAACUCAAAUAUCUGAUAUUGAUUUAUUUUACGGGAUAAAACGACUUAUACACAAGUACACAUAGAUAUUGGAUGUGAAACCUGUACAGCCUUCAGGACUCUGGAGUUACUUUAAUGACAGAAUAUUUAUAUUAUCAAUUUGUGAACUUGCAGUGACAGUUUUGGAAACUGAUUAACUUUGAGGCAUUUAUCAAAAACAGAAGUCAUCAACCACAUUAGCAGAUCUGUGAGGUUUUAGGCACAGCAGUGUUGCAAAUGCUAGUGCGUGCUACCAUGUGCACAAUGAUUAGCAGCAGAUGCUUACCAUUAUGUUUAUUUGCUGUGUCAGCAACUAAUGUUUGCUAAAAAGUACUAAACAAAGUCGAGCCUGAUGGGAAUGGUCAUUUUCACAGAAAAAAAAAAAUAAAAUGAUGAUGAUGUAAUUUUGCUGGGGUCUGAACCAUGCAAGCAUGGUCCUUUGCAUCUGGAGAAUUUCUAGACAUCUCUGUAGCAGCACCGUUCAUUCAUAAUAGCAUGUUGUGAUACGUUUUAUCUUCAUCAAAAAUUGCAGCUUCUUCAAUCUGGAUUUUUUUUUUUUUUUUUUUUUUUUUGCACUUGACCAUAUUAUGAUUUCAAUAGUCUUUUGAGUAUUUGUUCAGGCCCAGUGGACAGUGCAGGUGCAUGGUUAAUCCUGUCAACGCUUCUUUCUGGGGUCCGUUUUGCCCACACACACACACACACGCAUGUAUUCUGUAGCUUGUUGUAGCAUAGCAGACAUGUCCAUGCGAUCACAGAAAGCUGAAGGCACCUGGAUGUCCACAGAGCCUACUUGUACACCCUCUGAUGACAAAAUUUACGUCACUGGUAGGAGCCGUGUGAGUAUGCUAUGUAUAGCAAAUAUAGUAAAGUAUAAUUUAAAAUGUAUGAAUAGCUUGGACAUUUUUAAGUUAUUCAUGAAUUUAAGAAGCAGGAAAAGUCGCAUUUUACGUGUCUGAAUAAUCAAGCUUGAGUGCAAUGAGAUGCAUCUCCCUAACUUUACUACAUUCAUCUUUCAUUUGACCAAAAUGAAAUGCUAAUGGUGAUAAAGGAGAUCAGUUGUGUUGGUGCUCUUGAUCAGUGUGUUUACUUGGUUACACAAUUAGCUGCUGGGUAUUGAAUAACAAACUAGAGUUCCAGUUGCAGACGUGUUCAUGAGAACUUCAGCUUGAGCUUAAACCUCAAUGUCCUACAUCAAACCAGUUUCGGUUAAGACAAGUAUUUCAUUCUUUCCGAUGUGGCUCAAUACAUUGGCCUGGAAUCGAACCCAGGUCAUCUGUUUAGAAGGCAGAUAUGCUAAACAAAAAAAAAUGCAAUUCAUACAUGUUUAUGAAUAGCAGGUAAAUCUUCUGUCUUUAAAUUAUCUUCAUCCUUGACAUCCUUAACAGUAAAGAAAAAGGCAGUGCUUUAAAGGAAUAUAUAAUAAACAAAUGGAUCUGCUUGUUUAUUUGCACAGAUGAGGACAGAUUGAUGUUUCCAAAAAAAUAUAUAUACAAAUACAAUUCUAUAUCUUAUAACCCCCCUGGCUUGACAAUCUACCACUGAAGUCCUUUGGAGUUGCUGUUAAGGUGCCUCAUUUCUCCUUUUGCUGCUUGGAAUUUCUCUUCUUUCAAAUGUGGUUCCAACUACAUGCAGGGCUCCCGAGCAAUGAUAUAAUUUCUUAAACUCUGUGUAAUAACAAGGCCCAAAUGACGCUGUGCAAUUUACUGUUUGUGUAACUAAACAGACUGGUGGGAUGGUGGAUCACUGUGCCGUCAUUUCCCAGUCUGUUCACAUCACUUUCAGCUCAUACUUUCCUUGCAUUGCCUGCUCAAAUCUGGGAUCCGAGAUAGGGUCAGGUCAUUGUGGAAAGAUUUCUCAUCAGACAUUGAUUGUCCAUUUUUUGCUUUUUUAUUUAAUCUUAGAUAUGUUUGAAAAAAAAAAAAUACUGAACUUGGCUUUUGAUAGGGAGCUGGUGGAAACCGGACAUUGGUCUGUGUUUGCUGUGUGUGUAAAGAGACAAACACAAUAUCAAUGACUGCUUUAGCGACGUGGUAACGUGUUUCUUUCUUUUGUGUCAGCUCAUCUUGCUGCUCCCAAAUGAUUUGAAAUUAAACUGAUGCAGCUUUAGGAUCCAGGAUUUAAACUUUAGGAUUUGGAAUUCCGUCCAAUCAGAACACAUCAGCACAAUCCACUCAACUUUAUGAUAUGAACAGAUUUGAGCAGGUGAAGUCAAUGGAAAUGUUUUUGUGUUCAAAACAGUGCCUAUUUGAUUUUAUUUUUUCUAGUGUAGUGACGGUGACUGUCCUCUGUUUUAACUUUCUGUGUCUCCAAUCACAGAAUCUAAAGAGAUCUCAUUCAGAUGAAUUGUCAUGUAGAUGGUUAUGACUUGGUGCACCUAAGAUGGCUGCCAUGGAAUGUUAAAUAAUGUCACUCAGAGUCAAGAGAGCUGAUAUCAGGACAACUAAAGUUUAACUCGUAUGUGUAGCUGGUGUUUCCUUUCAUUCAGUCAACCAUUGGGGUCUAGUGCCGUUUGAAUGAUUGCAUGUAGAACUGCUCAAUAUUACACCAGUUUUCUAUGGGAAAAUGUUAAUGUAAGAUGGUUGCAAUGCAGCAUUUUGUAAGAUUUUGAACACAUAUGUGAAUGAAAAACAAAAUCAUUAGAACUGUGGUAAUCUAGGGAAGAUAAAAAUGCAGGGCAACAUGGUAUACAGUUUUACAUUUUAGCAUGAAAAUGGUUAAAAGUACUGAAUAUCUUUACAAAGCACGCAUCUUUCAAAUAGGACAAACCAUUUCUUGACUAAAUAUCUCAAUCCCUUCCUUUUAGAUUGUCUUCUAUUGUCUUCCACUAAUUUUGCAAUGGAUGGAUGAAAACGAUCCACUCAUGCAACAGAAAUUUUACAUCACAAUACAAGCAGACAAAUUCACUAUGAUGGAUUGCAAAGUUGAAUUUUUGAGUCUUUUCGUACAGGACCACACUAAAGUGAAUCAAAAUCAGUGGCAACCUGAACACUGUGUCCACUGUGUGUUCUGAGCCAGCCAUCUGAGGUGCACCACAGGAAAUUCUGAUCCACCACAAAGUGUCCUUUCCACUUUUGUGAUUCUAACAUCAUGGGGAUCUACUGUACGUGACAUGAUAUCCUGUGUAGAUACUGUAUGUAUGUAUGUUUGUAUAGGAGUUAUUGUAUGCUGUUGGUUUGACUAAAACCUGGGUGUAACACCGCAUGAUAUCGAUGUUGUAAAAUGAGGACACACAGAUGCACAGACUGAUGAUAAUGAUGGUGGUUAUUCUUGUCAAUAAAUCACGUUUACAACUGCGCUUAGAAUACAAGUUAUGUUGUUGGAACCAACCAACCUUCUUUUUAUAGAAUAUAAGCAGUGCUGUGAAAUGUACCCAAAAGUCAUUUUUGAGGUAUUGUACUAAAAUAGUACUGUGGCAAAAGUGCACCCAUAUGAAUAGUACCUCAGUAGAAAUCUUAAAUGAUCUGAAAUGUAUCAAAAGUACAUAUAAAAGGAAAUUAUGCAUACACCAAUCAGCCAUUAUUAUCUAAUAUUGAGAGGGUCCCACUUUUGCCACCAAAACAGCCUUGACCUGUUGAGGCAUGAACACCACUAGACCUGUAAAGGUAUACUGUACUAUCUGGCACCAAGCCGUCUGUAGCAGAUCCUUUAAAUACUGUCAGUUGCAAGGUGGAGCCUCCAAGGAUUGGACCAGUUUUCCCAGGACAUCUCACAGAUGCUUGAUUGCAUUGAGAUCUGAAGAAUUUGAAGGACAGGUCAACACCUCGAACUCAUUGUUGUGUUCCUCAAACCAUUCUUGAACCAUUUUCACAGUGUGGCAGGGUGCAUUAUCCUGCUGAAAGAGGCUACUGCCAUCAGGGAAUACCGUGGGAAUACCAUGAAGGGGUGUAAUUGGUCAGCAACAAUGCUUAGGUGGUAAAUGUUAAAGUAACAUCCACAUGAAUGGCAUGACCCAAGGUUUCCCAGCAGAACAUUAAACAAAGCAUCACACUGCCUUCGUUCGGCUUGCCUUUUUUCCCAUAGUGCAUCCUGGUGCCAUGUCUUCCCCAGGUAAGCAACGCAAUGUCACAUGAUGGAAAAGAAAACAUGAUUCAUUAGAUGAGGCCACCUUCUUCCAUUGCUCUGUGGUCCAGUUCUGAUGUUCACAGACCCAUUGUAGACGCUAUUGGCAGUGAACACAGGUCAGCAUGGGCACUCUGUCUGUUCUGCCGCUAUGCAGCCCCAUACGAAACAAACUGCAGUGCACUGUGUGUUACUACUACUCUACAUUG